GUUUUUUUUCCCCCUCGCCCCCCCCUUCCAGCUUCAGUCUUUUUCAAAUGUUUCUCCCUUCCCGCCGGAAUAAUGCUGUCAGUGGAUAUACAUUUGACGUUUUUGGAUAACGAGACGUGUCUAAUGGAUCGGGUGAAGAAGCUCAAGAGGCCGACGUUUUAACGAGCUCGUAAUAAUUAGGCGGCGCCGCCACGAAAGUCGGCUUGUCCGCGUCUGUGGUCCACCGGGCCGGUUCACUGCGCAGGUUUGGACCGCGCGCCAUUUUGUGAAAAUUGACACAAAAUUCCCGAGCCGAAUUACCGGAGGACGCGGUGUCCGUUUGGGGUUGCAAAUACGCCGAAUCCACCCUUGCCGUCGCGCCGCUCGAGGAAGUCGACGCCAAUUUGAUAAAAGGCUGCGUAAAAAUCGCUUUAACGUAGCAUUUAUUUAGCGGCGGCGGCUAACGAUUGUUAGCUCGCGGCUAGGGCCGCGUUCAUUUUGUCGACUAGCCCGAUUAGCUAAAGUUAGCCACUAACUUAGGCGUGCUAGUCCACGUUAGCAUGUUGCUAGUCAUCAGCUGAUGGUAACCUUCCUCCCAACCGCCGAGUCGAAAAUGGAGAGUUUAUUAUAGCUGGCUGGCAAAUAAUUGUCGUAUUUGCCGGUUGGAAGACGGACGCCGGACCGGACUGAACGUGAUCAUUACUCGCUAACCGUGCGAAGGGAGGGGAGAAUCUCAAGCUGGAUAAGUUUCCUCAUCAUACAGGUUAUUGGACUUUAAAUGAAGAUCGUGCCAUCAGAGGAGGAGAGACUUCAGCAUGCAAACCUUCGUCUGUCCGGCUUGCGCCCUCUUUUUCUUUACACACUGCUGGUCUUCAGAUGGCUGCUCCAAUGCCCCAUACGCACCAGCAGUACAGUGAGCGCCACCAGCCAAGCACUGACCAAUCUGUUACGGUCUUACCGUACAGCGACCAGACGACACAGCUCACUGCCAAUCAGAGGCACAUGCCCCAGUGCUUUCGUGACCCAACUUCAGCUCCCCUGAGGAAGCUCUCCAUUGACCUUAUCAAGACAUACAAACACAUCAAUGAGGUGUAUUAUGCAAAAAAGAAGCGGCGGCACCAACAGGGUCAGGGCGAGGACUCCAGUCACAAAAAAGAAAGGAAGGUCUUCAACGAUGGCUAUGACGAUGAUAACUACGACUACAUCGUCAAGAAUGGGGAGAAGUGGAUGGACCGAUAUGAGAUUGAUUCCUUGAUAGGAAAAGGAUCAUUUGGACAGGUUGUGAAAGCAUACGACCGAGCAGAGCAGGAAUGGGUUGCUAUUAAGAUCAUCAAGAACAAGAAAGCUUUCCUCAAUCAAGCCCAGAUUGAAGUGCGCCUCCUAGAGCUUAUGAACAAACAUGACACAGAGAUGAAAUACUACAUUGUUCACCUGAAGCGUCACUUCAUGUUUCGGAACCACCUCUGCCUCGUGUUUGAGAUGCUUUCAUACAACCUGUACGACCUGCUCCGAAAUACCAACUUCCGCGGAGUCUCGCUCAACCUCACCAGGAAGUUCGCCCAGCAGCUAUGCACGGCGCUGCUCUUCCUGGCCACGCCUGAGCUCAGCAUCAUCCACUGUGACUUGAAGCCUGAGAACAUCCUCCUUUGCAACCCCAAGAGGAGCGCCAUCAAAAUAGUGGAUUUUGGAAGCUCUUGUCAGCUAGGGCAAAGGAUAUACCAGUAUAUCCAGAGUCGCUUUUACCGCUCCCCAGAGGUGCUUCUAGGAAUGCCGUAUGACCUGGCCAUUGACAUGUGGUCCUUGGGUUGCAUCUUGGUAGAGAUGCAUACAGGAGAGCCUCUCUUCAGCGGAGCCAAUGAGGUGGACCAGAUGAACAAAAUUGUGGAGGUUCUUGGCAUCCCACCUAAUCACAUAAUGGACCUAGCCCCAAAAGCCAGGAAGUUCUUUGAGAAGCUUUCAGAUGGUACAUGGAGUGUUAAAAAGACCAAAGAUGGCAAAAGGUAUAAACCUCCAGCUUCGCGGAAGCUUCAUUCCAUCCUGGGCGUGGAGACCGGGGGUCCUGGCGGCAGGCGGGCAGGCGAAUCUGGCCAUGCCGUUGCAGACUACUUGAAGUUCAAGGACCUGAUCCUGCGAAUGCUGGACUAUGACCCGAAGAGUCGCAUUCAGCCCUACUAUGCUCUGCAGCACAGCUUUUUCAAGAAAACAGCGGAUGAGGGGACCAAUACGAGCAGCAGUGUGUCCACCAGCCCUGCCCUGGAGCAGUCCCAGUCUUCAGGAACCACCUCCAGCACCUCCUCCAGUUCAGGAGGCUCAUCUGGAACAAGCACCAGUGGCAGAGCGAGAUCGGACCCUACCCAUCACCACUUACACAGUGGAGGACAUUUUGGCACUGCCAUGCCAGCCAUCGAUGGAGACAGCCUCUGCCCACAGGCUCGCCAGCCUUACCCGCCUCCGCUGGUGUGGGGCGGUGGCGUGGUCCCGGAGUCGGUCACGGGCGAAACGCACCCGGUUCAGGAGACCACCUUUCACGUCCCUCCCCAGCACCCGAAGGCCCUGCACCCCCACUCCCAUGGCCAUCACCACCACGGUCCCAUGAUGGCCACGCGGCCGCGCCCGCGACACUACGCCUCCCCGACGCACAGCUCGUCGACCCAGGACUCCAUGGAGGUGGUCCACGGCCAUCUGUCUAUGACCUCCCUGUCUUCCUCAGCCUCCUCUUCAUCGACGUCGUCCUCUUCCACCGGGAACCACGGCAACCAGGCCUACCAGCUCCGCCAUUUGCCCGCCGGAGCGCUCGACUUUGGGCAGAACGGUGGGCUAAGCAUGGGGCUAGGUGCCUUCUCGAACCCACGGCAGGAGACCGGCAUGGCGGCGCACCCUGCUUUCUCAAUGGGCACGAACACAGGGCCCGGCCACUACUUAGCCGAGGGCCACCUGAGCAUGAGGCAGGGCAUGGACCGGGAGGAGUCUCCAAUGACUGGAGUAUGUGUGCAGCAGAGUUCCAUGGCCAGCUCGUGACUGCGCUGACUUUUUUGGCUGUGUGUCCCCCACCCCUACCCCCCGAAACCCAGUGCGUCAUUUUUAAGGUGGUGUUUUUUUACUACAAGGUGUGUUGAAAAUCAAAAGCUGCUCACGUCAGAAGGGAGAUAUCACUGAACCGCUACUACAGAGAAAGAAACCCUUUGUUAAGAAGUCUAAAUGUAAUUGUCAUCCUGUUUUAUUUGUUUAUUUUUUUUAUUUUUUGGUUUUGUUUGCGACCAUUAGGCACAAAGUAAUACUGCGGAAAUAAGCAUAGUGAGAUCGAGACAUCCAUCUUACCAUUUCACCGCGUAAGGUAUUAUGUGGCAAAAGAGGAGCAUUUUUACAGCAAAGAUAAAACCACCAAAUGCUUGCCUGACAUUACUGGUCGGUCAUUAUUUUGCACCCCCCCCCAUCCUAUUCCCCCCCCCUCCAGCAAAAUGUCACACAAAGAAGCUGCUUGUAAAUCCUGUAGCUUGAGGGCGAGUGUUUUUUGCGGUGAUAUUUCUUGUCGGUGUUGUGUAACUCGACAUGACAGCGGAGUUCCCUAUAAGCGUGUGCUGGCCGGGCACGGGCGGAUGCAGACGCCGAGCGGGUCAGAGGAGAGGGAGGCACCGGCCCCUUGUGCCAAGACCCCAAAAUAUUGCGGCACGAGCGCAGCAGCAAAAGGAACACAGUCGUCGGCUGGUUCUAGAUAACCCUUUGGCCUUAUGACUCACGGACUUGGACUGGGGAUGGAGCUGGACAUUAUCAUUUUGAAUUAAGAUGGCUUUUCUCUAUUUUUCUCUCUAGACAGCCCUUAAUUCUUAAAAACAUUUUAGAAGAAAAAAAAAAGUAAAUAAGAAUGGUAAUUUGAGGCCUUUCUCGACAAAGAUUUUCUUCUUCAGCAGGGCCCCACAUAACAGGGUCUUAUUGUACACAACAACCUCCUAAACAUGACUUCAUUGAGAAAAAAUCAUAGUCACCGGUUAAGGCUUUUUGCAGCGGAAAGAACUUAUUCCCAGAGUCGACCCUUUUUUUUUUUUUUUAAAUUUUGUUUCUUUUUUUUGAGGUUUUAUUGUUUGUUUUUUGUUUGCUUCUGUUUUUGCAUGUAGUUCUUCAUCAGAACCACCUGCACAAGUCUCUCCAUUCAAAAAAAAACAUGGAAACUGAAGAAAAAAAAAAGUUAAGUGACUGCCUUUUUUGUCCUCAAAUUAUGCUGUGAAUUUUACAAGAAUUUAUUUUCCCUUUGGAUAUGUUUUUAUACCAAAGCAGUUGUUUUAUAGCAUAUUAGGUGUCUGUAACCAAUAAUGUAGCGGUUCACCACGCGUUGACCUGAUCUUAUCGGAGCGUCGACACAAACAGCUGCAAUAUAUAUAAAUAUAAAUAUAUAUAUAUAUUACGUUAGCAAAACUGGAGAACGUUGUUCAGGCUAUUAUUGUGUACACUCUGGAAACAUUUGUUUGCCAUCUUUUACCAAAAGUUGUUUCCAUAUUAAUUGGUAGAUUAUUUUGGGAGUCUUUUAAUGCUAAAGAAGAAAAAAAAAUAUGUUUAGAGAAUCUGGUAGUUACUCUGCAGGCUCCGGAGUAGCAAGAUAGAAGCUGAUGGUGGUUUAAAAAAAAAAAAAAAAUCCAGAAAAAAAGGAGACUGUGUUCUAUUUGUGUUGUCAGUUUUUUUGUUUUUUUUUUCUUUUGAUUUUUCAUUUGCCCCAUCCUACAUACUAUUUUAAAGGGUAUUUGCUGCCUUUUCAUACAUUUGGUCAACUUGGCUUGGAUAAUUGUGUUGAAUGGUAUGAUGUUGUAGUUGGCGCAGGGCACGUCCCUUGAUUGUUGUCUUGUUCAAAGGGAAGCCCGCCAACUCAUGUUUUUUGCCUGGGCAGACACGCUUGUCCUCGAAGCAUUACAUUUUUUUUUCUUUUACAUCAGGGAUUUUGAAGUGCUUUCUUCCUUCCCCCCCACAUUUUUCUGUUUGCUCAUUUUGACCAGCUUUGAAAUUAGAGAGGAGACAACCUGCCCACGGCCACCCGUCAAAAUGGACGACAGGCCGCACACAAAAACAGACAUGCAUGCACGUCAUGCUUUUGUCAUUGUAGAAGAUUAAAAAAAAAAAAAACGCCAAAUCACGCUCUCAUUAAACACCAAUGUAAAGCUACCUAUAUUGAGAAGGGGGGUUUAUCUGGAUGUCAAGGUUAAUUGCAAAUUUGCAAUCAGUUUUGUUCACACCCUCGCCGAAUUUGAGAUCUUUAAACACGUUUUGUCGGCCGUUUUGAUCGCCGGCGCUCGUACUGGUACUAAACAUUCCAAAAAUAAAGUGGAAAAAGACAAAAAAAAAAAUUGACUGCAGUGACUCGUAAGUGUGCGCCUAUAUUUCCGAUCAUGCUGAUUGACCUCUUAUUUAGAGCAGUUGUCAUGAAAUGCAGCCCCUUUUUAAUAGUUGAAAUAGAAUUUAUGUAUAUAUUUAUAUUUUUUUAAUAAAGGAAGUAUAGAACUCACUACCUUGCUCCUGCUGGUAUGUUGAUUAUGUUUGUCAAAAUUGGGUGACCAUUCAUUGGGGCAGGCACUCCUGUUUUUUCUUAGUGGCAAAAACUUGACUGCAUCAGGACAACACUAUGAGGUAGGGUUUGAAUCAAACAGGGAACGCUAGAACUUCAAACCUUAAUAAUUUUCACAGGGUAUAUUGUAAGUGCAUGUACAUCACAAACCUUACUUUUUUGGUUCUAUGAGAAGCACAUGGUUGGUGAAUUUAAAAAAAAAUUAAAAAAUAAA